AAGCGUCAAGGAAUGUCAAAGAAUUCUUUGGUUACUUUUCAACUUCUCAUUGUUGAGUGUUGCUGAGUUAGCGAGUUGUACAAUUGUGAUUAUCAAAGUGAUAGGUAGUGUUAUAUUUGUUUUUGAUACGCCCAGUUCGCCACGAAUUAAAAUUAAAUACAAUGCAAUAAAUAAUUAAUGUGAAAAGAAUACAAACUUCGUGAAAAAAGUGACAAUUAUCAAUGAUGGAAGUCAGAAUUUUACGUCGGACGUUUUUUUUAAUUUUAUUAGUGCAAACUUGUUACUCUGUCACAAGAAAAUUAAAUGUAAUCGAAAUUUCAAAUAAUGAGGAUGAAAAUUGCCGGCAAAAAUAUGGUCCAUUGUAUUUUAUAACUGCUGAAGGACCCGAUGAUUCCAUAAAUUAUGUUUGGAGUUUUAUCCACAAUCCAUCCGUAUUGGUGACUUUGACCCAGCCUUCAACAAAUGUGACUAUCACAUGGCCGAAAGUCGUUAAAUUUCCUUCUGGUCCUGAUGAUCACCAUUGUAAUCCAGAAUCUAUACAAUUUUCCAAAGAAUCUAUUUAUUCAUAUGGAAUUAGUUUACAAAAGAUAAUCGAAUUCAACGAUAUCAACGAUACUGGAUAUAUGAAAUCUUACAACAGUUCAUACGUCAAUAUUUUGAAUCCAAGUUUUUUUAAAUGGAGGGUUCAAUCCAGCAAUAAAAGCGACCAAGAUUUCGAAUUAGAAAUGUUGGGGGAUUCUUAUUUCGAUCCGAAUACGAACAUCAAGAGAAAUGGUAACAUUAAAUUUAUGGCGAAUGUCUUUGGCUCCGUGAAACGGUUCAUGAAGGAACCUUCCAUGUUGCACUCGGAAAAUUCAACACAGAUCGAUUUAACAAUCGAUAAAUUCGAGACGAAUAGCACUUUUUCGAAAAGUAGAUUUGCAGUUGAAAUUCUUCUAGUCAGCGAUGGAAAUAUAAAUUCUUCACUUCCUGUCAGUGAGACAAGUACUCUGGAUGAUCAAUACGCCCCUGGAGUUUUUAAGGUGAUGAAAUUAAAAACCCCAUUAAUGAAGCUUCCAUUUCGAGAAGAAAAUGUGGGCAUGUAUUUAGAAUGGAGGCCCAUUUCGUACACAAGUAAUACACGCGUUGUUACCGAUUCAACAGAAGUGAAACAUUAUAAGACAGAAAAAUCUCUGGAACCCACUCUGGAUAUUAUUUCCACUAUUUUGUACCCUUAUUAUUCACAAAUUCCUGGCAAGAAUUUAAGUGAAUUUAUCGUGCAAAAAUUUAAUGUUUCUUUUGGUUCCAAAGGGGAUUCGUUUUACGAUAAAGAUCAUGGAUACGCCUCCUGGACUUUUCUUGCUGGUUACAGCAGCCCACUCGAUGAGCAGAUAUCGAGUUUGACGAUUUUAAUAAUUUCGAUAGUCGUCGCCCUUCCAGUAGUUCCAAUACUUUUGUACGGCUCUUUAAUUUUUUAUCGCAGAAUAACGAAAACGGACAAUGAAUUUCAAAAUUUUUAAAAUUGCAGUGAUAAAAAAAAGGAGAAUCUCCUAAUUGGCAUUGGCCAAUGAAAAUUAAUUGCUCAGAAAGUGAUUCCUAGAUUAAGUGCAUUAUCAUAAGAAUAAUAAUUGAGUCGUUUUAUAUAAAAAAAAAAUCACCUGAGCCGAUAUGUUGCUCAAUAGGAAAUAUAUAUUUUUUUGGUCUAUAAAAACACAUUUUGAAAAAUUUCUUUGGCAAUUUCGUGCCAAAAAAUAAGUUGAUUUCGGUCGUUUUUUUUUUUUUAGAAAACGGCUCAAUUUUGUAUAUAGUGUUAGACGGACGUAAAGUUUUAGUUGUAUUUUCACAUUUUUGCUACUUAGAGAGCACUGCCAUGAUAAUAAAAGGUGCCUUUUUAAUUAUAA